AUGACACCCAUCGUGGGGCUAGUCGGCCCUGUCCAGCGUCGCCUUAGCAUCCCACAACCACACCGACACAUCAACGCGUCCGCUGCCAUGGAUGCGCGAACUGUUCUCGACAUUGCCACGCGUGUCUCAGUUGCAUUGGCACGCGUAAUCUGGUUUCCCAUCAGUAAAGCCAUCAAUUUAGUCAUUAUACUAUUGCUGCCAUUCUACAACGUCAUCACUUUCUUCCUACUGCCAUUCAUCCAUCUUGGACAGGCAGUUAUCAGAGUGCUGUCCAUACCAUUCAGUGUCGAAUGGUUGGAGAGACUAGAGACACUAUACGUCUACCACGGAACAGCCAGCCUCAUAGGAUGCAUCACCGGCGCCGUCCUCUUCGCUGUCUUUAGGUUUCUGUCGUCAACUCUCAAGAUAGAUACGCCCGUUGUCCCCAGGGAGCAUGAAAAGGGAAGAACAGCCGCGGAAUACAGAGCUGCGCGACGUGUGAAGAAGGAGGAUUCCAUCGACCAUUCACCCAGUGCAUCGCCUGUAGUGUUGAAAAAGGUGGCUGGGUCUCGCAGGCGAGGUCUGCUCUCCCAAGCCAUCAUCGAAGAGGAGGAUUCAGACUUUUGA